CAACCAGUGAUCCAUCUUCCCUUCACACCUGGCCACUUUACUCCGUUCAAUGGCUUCUCUCGCCUUUAAUUCCGUCGCAACCACCUCCAAAUUUCACUCCUCCUCCGCCGCCGCCGUCGGAAGCUCCUCCAUCCGCCGCCAGCUUACGCAUCUCCGCCUUCCGUCUUCCCCUCUUCAGCCAUCACCUCCCUUGCAAUGCCGCUGGUCUUCUUCCGCCUCUUCAGGCGUGAGAGCUCAGGUGGCAACAACUGAACAAGCUGGAGUUGAAGCUGCUGCGAAAAUUGAAACUCCCAUUGUUAUUGUCACGGGAGCUUCUAGAGGAAUCGGGAAGGCUAUUGCAUUGUCUUUGGGAAAAGCUGGUUGUAAGGUCCUAGUGAACUAUGCAAGAUCUUCAAAGGAGGCAGAAGAAGUUUCCAAAGAGAUUGAAGCAUGUGGUGGCCAAGCCUUGACUUUUGGAGGCGAUGUUUCAAAAGAAGAAGAUGUAGAAUCCAUGAUGAAAACUGCCGUUGAUCGAUGGGGAACAGUUGAUAUCUUGAUCAAUAAUGCAGGCAUCACACGCGAUACCUUGUUGAUGAGAAUGAAGAAGUCUCAGUGGCAGGAGGUUAUUGAGUUGAAUCUUACAGGAGUUUUUCUCUGCACACAGGCUGCAGCUAAAAUCAUGAUGAAAAAGAAAAAGGGACGAAUCAUCAACAUAUCUUCUGUUGUUGGUUUAGUUGGCAAUGCCGGGCAAGCCAACUACAGUGCUGCUAAAGCAGGAGUGAUUGGCUUAACCAAGAGUGUUGCAAAAGAAUAUGCCAGCAGGAAUAUUACUGUUAAUGCGGUUGCCCCUGGAUUUAUUGCUUCUGAUAUGACUGCCAAGCUAAGUGAAGACAUUGAAAAGAAAAUUUUGCAAAGCGUUCCCUUAGGACGCUAUGGUCAGCCGGAAGAAGUUGCUGGACUAGUGGAAUUCCUGGCACUGAAUCCUGCUGCUAGCUAUAUUACGGGACAGGUUUUGACCAUUGAUGGUGGGAUGGUUAUGUAGAAGUUUAGAAACUCCGUAUUUUGUUUGCUCACAGAGAAGAAUUGAAAGGGUGAUUAUUUAGGUUCCACCGGGGCUGUAGCCUCAUUCUAUGCCCGAGGAAAAGGAGCUUAUUAAGUUAGUGGUAGGAGAUGGCCGGACACUGUUUUCUGCAUUUUCUCCUCUUCUUUUUCCAUUUUGCCGGCUGAGGAAGCAUUUUUUGGAAAUUUUGAAACAGGAUUUUAUUUUUUGUUUUGGUUCCUAUACCAAAGUUUUAAAACCUAAAAUGUUGUUAUUGCAAUUGAAUGUUGAUGCAUGUUUUGGCAAUAUUGGUGUACUUCCUUUGGUCAAA